UCUUAUUUUAAGUUCACAAAAAGCCAUUACAAGAAAUGGAAAUAGCAGCAAUUACACAUGGUGCUCUCCAGGGAUUAGCCUACUUACAUUCUCAUGAAAUGAUCCAUAGGUAAGUACUUUAAAAAUUAUCAUAUAUCAAUAAGCAAAUGGCUUAUUGAAUUUGUCAGACCUAGAAUUUAUUAAUCCUGAAAGCUUUAUUUGUUUUAGGUAAAUAAAAGUAUUCUGGAGUUUUACAAACUCAUAUUUUUUUUAGGUUAUCCAUGUCCUAAAAAGAAUAUACUAAUUUAUUUGAUCUCUUUGUUGAGGAUAAUUUUUAUCUUUUUCUACACAUGCUGCCAGGCUGUCUGAAAGAUAUCAAAGCAGCAAAUAUCCUUCUGACAGAACAAGGCCAGGUGAAACUUGCUGACUUUGGAUUGGCUUCCAUGGUCUCUCCUGCCAGUUCUUUUGCGGGAACGCCGUAUUGGAUGGCCCCAGAAGUAAUUUUAGCCAAGGUUGAAGAACAACAAUAUGGUACCGAAGCAGAUGUAUGGUCUCUUGGUAUAACAUGUAUUGAACUAGGUAAGCAUUGCUCUUUAUUACUGUGUAGUAAGUUUUGAUCAAUGUUUUACCUCAAUUUCUGUACAAAAUUACAGAUUUUUAUUUUUAUGUCAGUGUUUAAGGGGAGCAAUACAUCUAUUAAAGUUGUCACUUUGGUUAUUUGGCAAUUUAUAUAUACAUAUAUUAGCUUAGGUGUAUUAGAUUUGCUGUAUUAAAUUAGGUCUAAAAUAGUUUAUAAUGUGGUAUUAAUUUUGAGGUAUCUGUGUCUAACAUUUAAUGAGUAUUUGUUAAACACCGAGAAUAUGUCUAUGGUUAUAGAUUUACCAUGUAUGAAGGGUCUCUAAAGCAUUCAUGAAUUACUUACUGGUACUUAAGAUACUUAAUACUUUGUGUUAGGGAUAAGGAUUA